AACGUCUAAAUAUGGCACCCAUACACCAUGCUUGUUGGUAAAAGUUGCAAAAACGAACAGAUGUUUUGAUAAACAUGGACCCUUCUAAUCAGGAGGUAUGCUUUGUGGAGUUGAAUGGCUUAGAUCAAGAGUCUUAUUCAGAAGUUUUCAAUAUUCUACAUGGACAGAAACAGAGUAAGAAAGUAGAGUUUCCAUGGGAAACCAAAAGUGAUAAGGAUAAGGAUGAGGUUUCAAAAGGUGAUGCUGCAUCUUUACCUAAAAAUUUUGAUUGUCCACCAGCUGAAAGUCCGCAGAUGAUGUAUGCUAUAGUACCAACAGUUGUACCAUUACCAAUACAGACUGUUGUUGCUCCUCCAUACCCAAUACCUACUGGUGGUCUGGUGAAUGGUAUACCACCUACUGGUCCAUAUCCUCAUGGUGUCAUCCAACAGGAUAUUAUAGAUAUGGCAUCACCUGUUAAAACAAAUAUACAGAGCCCAGAUAUAGGAGAGCCCAAUUAUGUCAGCCUGUCGCAUUGUAACGGACCUUUGCCAGCACAAAACUACAGUUCUAGAGAGGGUAACACCCAUAAGGUACAUGCUGAAGGACAGUAUAUGUCUAAUCAGUCUACUCAAGAACAAGCAGCUAUGUAUGUGACACAAACCAUGCCACAACCUAAAGAUAAUAAACCAAAUCAUGGCGAAACACAAACCGUAGUUGCACAAAGUAACAAGAACAGCCUGGAUGAAGCAAUAAAAUCAAGCAAGAUAUUUUCUCAAGUUUUAGGUGGUGGUAAAGGUGAACCAUCCACAGGAAUAUCCUUCCUGGCAGAUGAUAAUUUAGAGGAAGACGUCGUUGAUGAAUUAGAUGCUAAUGAGGUAGAGUUAUCUUUUCUUGGUGAAGACCAGUUUAGUGAACUUGAAAAUCUUGACUCAUUUGAAGCAGAUGUUCUAUCCAAACCACAGGAAGUUGAGGAAGGCUUACUAGACAAAUCAAUGCUUGAGGAUUCUUUUCUAGAGGACCCUGAGAAACAAGAUAUUGAAGUAACAGUCUCUAUUAGUAAUCAUGAACCAGGAAAUGAAAAUAGGGACAUUGUGAACACACAGAAGAAUUCUCCUGUUGUAAAACAACAAGGAAGUGAAAAGACCAAAGCUGUGUCAUCAGAAAGGGAUAGUAUCAAAACACAAAGUGACUCUAAAGGCUCUUCUCCAGGUCCUUCUUCUGGUCCUUCUCCAGAAGUAGCUCCUCCCAAAUCGAAAUCAUGGGCUGCUUUAUUUAAAAGCACUGCUUCUAAAUCGGCUGUGGUUUAUGUAAAUCAGGUGCCUGAUCAUCCAGCCCCAAUUGUCACACUUCCACAUUCUGAUAAGAAAAGAGAAGAAGAUAUCCUCCAGCCUGUUGCUGCUUCUGAAGAUUCAGCUACAUCUGAGCUUGGAGCACUAUUGAGUCAUGUGAAACUAAACCAUGCUUCCGUUGCUCUACAACCUCGAGGUUUAAUCAACAAUAAUAACUGGUGCUAUAUUAAUUCUACCUUACAAGCUUUAAUUGCUUGUCCACCAUUUUAUCAUUUAAUGAAGAAACUGAGUGAUUUCCCUCCAAUGUCUCGAGGCUCAAGUUCAACUCCGAUCCUAGAUAGCAUGCUGGAGUUUGUAAGUGAAUUUAAUGCUAUGCCAAAACAUUAUGAAACCACAGCCAAUGGACACAGAUACGAUAAAAAUCGGAAGAACUUUGAUUUAGAACCUGGUCUAGAUUUUGAGCCCAAGUACAUACAUGAUAUGUUACAUGUAAUAGAAGUUAAUCCUGCCUUUAAGCUUGGGAGACAAGAAGAUGCAGAAGAGUUUUUAAGUAUUCUGUUAGAUGGUUUACAUGAAGAAAUGGUAGCUGCUAUAAACAUCAACUUGCCUAAAGAUAAAGACAUUAGAAACACUGGUCAAGCUAAUGGUGUAUCACGGGAUGUAGAUGAUGAUGAUGAUGAAGAUGAUUCAUGGGAACAAGUUGGACCCAAAAAUAAAAGUGUUGUGACCAGACGGGCCACAUUUUCCAAGACACCUAUAAGUGAUAUAUUUGCUGGACAAAUGAGAUCAGUUGUAUCCAAGACAGGAUCAAAAGAAUCAGCUACAUUACAACCUUAUUUUACUCUACAGUUAGAUAUCCAGGGAAAAGUGUUCUCUGUUAGAGAUGCCCUAGAAGGUCUUGUUAGUAAAGAAAUCGUUGAAGAUUUUUUCGACAAAAAAACAAAUCAGAAGAUUGAGAUAAUGCGAAGAACAACAUUAGAAGAAUUGCCCCCAGUGUUAAUUCUACAUCUAAAGUGUUUUGUGUACAAUACUGAAGGUUCUCAGAAGCUUCUUAAAAACAUUGACUUUGAUGUGGACCUUAAGAUAACUAAAGAUUUAGUUUCUCCAACAGCUAAAAUACCAACAUCGCAUAAAUCUUAUAAACUCUUUGCAGUUGUAUAUCAUCAUGGUGUAAAAUCAACAGGUGGACAUUAUACUAAUGCAGUGUUUCAUCCUGGUAUAAAUGGUUGGAUUCAUAUUGAUGAUCGACGUAUAGAAACUGUUAGUGUACAGAAAGUUCUUAAAUAUACCCCUCCACGUAUGCCCUAUCUAUUAUAUUACAGAAGGACCGAUUUAACCUACUCUUAGUAACGUUGUGCUACGUUGGGGCGGUCGUAUUUAACUAUUCAUAUCGUUAUAGAAACUAAUAAACUCUAGUCCAUCACAAACAAUCGUUCCAUCAAGAAUGUGUCGUGGAUUUUAUCAACGGAAAAAUUAAAUUUGCUGUGAAAAUUGUUUUUUUUUUGUCUGAUAUUUUGUUUAAUGUUGAUUCGAUGUUGAUUACAUGUGUAAUAUGACAUUUUGGAUUUAUUCUGGAAUAAUAUUAGAAAGAGGAAUUAGUAAUCCGAAUUGGAAAUUAUAUACAUGUCAUUAUUAUAUUUUUGGAUUUGUUCUAGAAUUUAUUCAUCUUUCUUAAUCUUAUCAUUAGCCCUCAUCUUUAAAUGGAUCCGAUAGUGCAACAGAAAUAUUAGCUAUGUGGACUUCCCAAAUAAAUUAGAACAGGUAUCGGUGGUUCUCAAAAGCUUAAGCCUGUACACGUGCAUAUAGAUAUUACAUAAAAUUUUCUGAAGGUUCAAAGUAAAUUCCCUAGCCCAUAAUAAUUCUGUUACUAUUUUUGAUACCAAACAAUAUCUGUUUUCUAAAAAGCAUGAAACACUAAUUGUUUCCCAAGAAUCAUGUUGGGGCCCCAUUAUAAUUCCCAUAUGAAUGUAUUAUGAUUUAAAUCUACACAGUUGCAGGCCUGGAUGUUAUCCCACAAUGGACACAACAACAAUGUGGAGCAAUAUCGGUUUUUACAAACCACAUAUAAGAUAUAAAGUAACAUUAUAUUGGUACUAGCCUAAAAUGGGUUAACAUUGAUUGUCAAACCCCUUAGUCUAAUAUAUAGGGAUUUAUAUCGAUAAUACAAGUUAUAUCUGGAUUAUAGUCUAAUGUAUAAUCAAGCCCAAGUGUAGUCCCCCUCACCCACCUAUCUCAUUUGUGAAUAUUCAUUUCUUUGAAGUCCUGUAAAUCCUGGAACUAUGUAUAAUAAUGUAAAUAUGUUAAUUGUAUAAAUUGCUUAAAUUAUGGUUUUAUAGCAUUGGUUGUAUAGCUAUGUUGUGUUAUGGGGUUAUUCAUUAAAAUGGACAAAUUGUGUAGAAAUUAAUAGAACUUGUUAGCUAUGUCAAGUUUCCAAAUGAAUCUUAAUUGAUAUCAGGUAUGAUAGAAAAGGAUAUUCUAUGGGUACACAUGACCUAAUCACAAACCUUUUAAUUCCUUAAAAUCGAUUCAAAUCAUUUGUUACCAUAAUAAACAUUAAAUCAUGAUUUUAGAAAUGGGUGCUUAUAUCGUUACCAAGUACUGAUUUAAAACUAAAUAACAUUUUUAAGAGAUUUAAAAGUUUUGUGGAUAAGCCAUCAGAUUCAAUUAUUUUUGAAACUGGAUUUGUAUCAUUUUUGAACUGCUCUCAAUAACACGUGAGAUUGAAUUAUAUUUUAUUUGCGUUGUAUAUUGUGUAUUGUAAUUCUGUUAUUGUUUAUUUUUUGCGCUGGUUUGUGUAUUUGUAUUAUAUUUUUAAAUAGACGCAAGCCAAUUAUUUCAUACUUCAUGUGUGACAGGAAAUUUAUAAAUGAAUGCUUAAAUUGGUCCUUUGGAGAUGAAGAAUUGAUUCAUUUAACAUUGCCUUCUUGAGACAAACCAAGAACUGUGUUGUAAUGGUUGUAGAAACUGUAAGAACUUAUUUGAUAACAAGUAUACCGUUUUAGUAUAAACAGAAAUUAUGAACAUAUUUGUUCUAUCACUGUAAAUACUGGUAGUUUAAUUGUAAAACCUUAUUAUCCACUCUUGCUUUAGCUGAAUUUAGCAAGUAAACAAUUGAAUUUUGUGCUAAUUUAAGUGGUAUUAGCAAUAUUAUUUAAGGACCUAUUGUUAAAUUGGAUGGAAUGUAGAACUUUUAAUAAAUGUUGAACCACUUAAUAAAUGUAUAUGUUACUACUAUAUAAUUAGGUGCUUUUUUGGUAAAAGUACACAUGUGAAUAGUGUACAUAUCAUCUGUACAGUCGUCUCAAAUUGUCUAUAAUUUUGUGUAAAAAUUCAUUUGUUAUAUUAUAAUAAAGUAUAAUCUAUGUACAAUCUAAUUUGUUUAGCUAAUAUAUGGGUGAAUAUGAAUAUUCAAAUAAGAUUAACAUUGCAUUUGAUUUACCCAAAUUUUGUAAGUUUUGAGAUGAGUAGUGUAUAUGUGAUACAUGUAUGGUAUUCAAAAUAAUCAUAUACAGUAGGAAUAUUAUGAAAAUGUAGGAAUAUUUAAAAUUCAUAGUUUAUUGAUUUAGUUAAAUAGAUCUAUAAGAAUAUCAGAUGUUAUUGGAUAAUAUUUGAAAGGCUAUUGCGAUUAUCAGUUAUAUUGAAUGUCAGGUUGUGCUUUGUAAGUGCCUCAAAUAUGGUUUUGUCUUUAGUUAAGGUAUUUAGAUUAUGGAUACAUGUAAACAUGCACAAAUGGAUAGCAUUUCUAGAAACAAUAUUAUUUUUAAAAUGUCGAUUCUUUUUUAAAAACAUUGUGGUUAUUUAUUGCUUUUUGGGUUAAAUAUGAUUUAUUAAUGACAUUUAAAGGCACUUAUGAGUAAAAGUUUAUGACAGGGUUUUCUCCAUAAAGAAGUUAAUUUAAUAGGAUAUAUCGUCACCAAGAACCAAAUUAAUAAUCCUAGUGCAGCUAUAAAUAACUCUGGAAAUGAAUGUACAUAGGAGAUAAGCCAAAUAUGAAUAGUUUGGAAAUUUUUGUUUUGAAAAAAAAUUCUUAAUUAUCCAUCAACUGUAGAAAUUUUAGUAUUAAAAUUGCAGAAAAAAAACCAAAAAACAGAACUUUAGCAUGGACGAAUAUUUUAUAAUUACAUUCUAAAUUUUAUGUACGACUUUACUAACAUUGCCAACAAAGAAUUAGAGCUAUGUAAAAUGAUAAUCAAAAUGUACAUAAUAUUAAAUACACUAUAUAUAAAAAGAAUAUAUUGUAAGAUAUAUGCACAAAAAUAGCCUUUGUUACCCAGGCUAUUGAUGUGUACAGUACACCCACUAAGAGUUACACAGGGUAUGAGCCUAUGGUUAGCCUGGGUAAUAGAGGUUAAUGCACAGGAUAUAAAAACAACUAGACACAGACUGCACUAAAUAUACAAAUUAGAUAAAUAAUCUGUUGGCUUUAUGUAGUUUGUAGAUCAGCUUAUGUUUUCUAUUUUGAUGUCAUGUUUUUGUAUGCUCCUACUCUAAAUUCUUUUUUUUUUGUCAUUUUGAUUUUUGUGAACAGCACUCAUUAAGCUUGAUUGUCAUUUAUACAAUACUGCAACAUAAAUUGUAAGACGCAUGAGAAAUGGGAACAGGUGUUACUUCAUUUCACAAAAUAUCCAUGUUUGAUGUUAAAUGGAAACAUAAAGUUUUGUCCAGAAUCAGUUUUGAAUAUAACUUUCUUGUUAAAUGAAGAGAAUUGUAUAUGAUUAUUAUUAUUUUAUUUUGUUCUAUGGAUUAUGUUUUCUAUUAGUGUGUGGUUUUAAUGUUUGAUUUCAACUUUUAUUCAUGACAUUCAGUUCAGUGAAUUGUUGGCCCCUUCCUUUUAAAGAAAUCUGGAGACGAUUAAAAUGGACUCGUCUGUCUGUCGGCCUUAGAUGGAUCAAGACAUUAGAACAUAAUAACUUUGAUUCUGAGAGUGACUCAACUUGGCGUAUAUAGUAUAAUUACAUCAAUACCUUGAUAAUGAGCAUUUUGUGCAAGGGUUAAGCAGAGUAAUAAACAGUUCGAUUGCUCAGUGCUUUAUAAAAAGAUAAAUAAAUAGACAAGAAAUUAAUGAAUGUCAUCUGUUUAUAGUGGGAUUGGAGCAUCAGCGUCGCUGUUGGCUUGUUAUGACUCCCAUUACUGAAAUUUAUAUCAUUCGGCCGAAUGAGUGAACACACUAAGCGAAUUAUCUGCCGAUCCACCAGUCAAUUGCGUCUCCUUUUAUGUCACAUGAUUAAACAUGGCAGCGAUCACGUCUUAAAACAAUCACAUGACUUCUCGACAUCAGUGGUGAUUGGCUAUUGAAUUCUAAAAAUAAGACGAACCGGACACACUAGGCGAAUAUAUUCUGCCGUAUAUAUCAAACGUUUGAUUCGCCCAAAUCAUUCGGCUAGUAUAUGUCCACCGCUUUAAUCACGUUUGUUUCUAUCCGAGCCAUUACAGAAGAAUUAUGUGAUUCUAUAAGAAAGAAAAAGACGACAUUGUAAACUGAGAAAUAUGUAUAUCUUCAGGCAAUGUCUUUAUUGCUGAGAUAUUAAGCCUGUACAUGGAUCAGAGUAUAAACAGAAUAUACUAUCUCUUAUAAUCAAUAAUAACUUAUAAUCUGGUUUCACUUUAAUCAUGGGGUUACCAUUGUCAAAUUCUUGUGUGUAAAUCAUAACGAGUUUGCAGAUGUCCAGAUUUUUAAAUAAGAAUUAGGUGUCUUACACACUUAUGUUUAAGUCGUAAAACAGUUUUUGAUCAGCAAAUUUGACAACCCCAAAACGACAACAAUUUACUGAAAGUGUUAACAAUGUAAUUCCAGCAUUACUUAAAAAAACAAAUAUCAAUGUGAUUAUGAAGCCCUAGAGUAGAUUUUCCCAUACAUAUAAGAAUUACUAUAUGUAGUCAAAUAAUUACUCUUUAUUACAUGUAACCCUGAGGGAAUUAUUUCUCUUUAUGAUUCUAUUGAACAAUAAAAAAAAACCUUGUCUCUCUUCUUUAUAUAUAUAUAUAUAUAAUUAUUAUGUAUACUGUAGCCAUUAAAGCCAAUAAUGGCUUCUUCUUGUACAUUAUGCAUAUUAUGAAAAUUGUUACUCUUUUGAAAUAAAGAAAACUAUUGUUUUCAAAUG